AAAACAGUUGAAAUCAUUUGAUAUUAUAAUUUAUGUAAUAUAAGAUUCGAGCGCGCGGGAAAUUUUCUUGAUUAGGUUAAAAUACAAUUUUAAUCAAAGAGAGUAUGGAAAAUUUUUUGAAAGGAGGUAAACUGAGUGCAGGAGACACGAAGAAACCUUCUUCUUCUCGUAUAAAGGAAGAACGAGACGAAUCGUUAAUACCCUGGGUAGAAAAAUAUCGACCAAGAACAGUUGAAGAUGUAGUUGAACAAGCAGAAGUCGUAGAAGUAUUAAAACAAUGCAUGGAUGGUGGUGACUUUCCAAAUUUAUUGUUUUAUGGACCACCUGGUACUGGUAAAACUAGUACUAUUCUAGCAGCAGCUAGGCAAUUAUUUGGUACCAUGUACAAAGAAAGAAUUUUAGAAUUAAAUGCUUCCGAUGAAAGAGGAAUACAAGUCAUAAGAGACAAGGUCAAAUCAUUUGCCCAACUUACUGCUGGAAGCACAAAAAAAGACGGAAACAAAUGCCCUCCAUUCAAAAUUAUUAUUUUGGAUGAAGCGGACAGUAUGACAAAUGCAGCUCAAGCAGCUCUUCGUCGUACAAUGGAAAAAGAAUCUUAUAGUACGCGUUUUUGUUUAAUUUGUAAUUAUGUAUCAAGGAUCAUAGAACCUUUGACAUCACGUUGUACAAAGUUUAGAUUUAAGCCACUUGGGGAAGAGAAAAUUAUUGAACGAUUGGAAUAUAUAUGCGAGAAAGAAGAUUUGAAAGCUGAAAAGCCAGUUCUUGUUAAAAUUGUAGAAGCUUCGGGUGGUGAUUUAAGACGUGCCAUUACUUGUUUACAAUCUGUCUCAAGAUUAAAAGGAAAAGGCAUAGAAGUUACGAUCAAUGACGCACUUGAAAUCAUUGGUUUUGUACCUGACGAUUGGCUUGAUAAUUUAAUGGAUGUAUGUAAAUCUAAAGAUAAUAAUAAGGUUGAAGCAUUUGUAGAAAAUUUUUUACUAGAAGCUUUCGCAACUUCACAGGUAAUAGAACAACUAAACGAAAGAAUAAUUUAUUCUAAUGAAUUUUCCGAUAAACAGAAGGCAAUGAUAGCAGAAAAACUUGGGCAAUGUAGUUAUAGAUUAUUGGAAGGAGGCAGCGAAUAUAUACAACUUAUGGACCUUUGUUAUUGUAUUAUAAAGGUAUACAAUUGAACAGAAGUAUUCAUCCCAAAUAAAAAUCGAACGUUUUUCUUUUCAUCAUUUAUGUGGAAUUGUAUGUUAUGUGUAAUUUACCUACAUAUAUUAAGAAUAAAAUAAAAAUAUUUUAUAUA